CCUGAUUAUAUGCUUGUUUAUCAAACUUGUUCUACAUACAGCCAGGAAUAAAAUCUGAAGUUGUCGCGUAUUAAUUGGCCUGACAACUGGAACUUUCAUUUUCUGCAGUCAAGGUUCAAAACCCAUUUGUAUGUUCCUUUAGUAAAGGAAGGGGAGAUCAGAAAGUUGGUUACCUAACAGCUUGGGUCUUGUAUGUGUGGGAAGGCACUAGACAGCUACAGAAAUGAUGGGCAACAUGCAAAUCUUUCUUGCAGCAGUGAUGUGAAAACCUUUGCUAAAUUCACUGAUAUUAAAAGAAUGCCACUUUCUCUCUAAUCGCUUCUCUGGAGUUCUGUGUGCAUUCCAUACUCAUCUGAGAAUUUACAUGUGUAAUUCUCCUGGGCAUGGAGAUGAAAAUGAGAAACCCUUUAAUUUAUAAUCAUUGUUGGCAAAAGCUUAAUAUAUUAGAAGAUUAGGAUUUAUGUGCAUAAAUUGCUGGGAGGCAGCGAGCAGAGCUCAGCUCCAGGCUGAUCUGCAUUUAUUCACUUUGACAUACGUUUAGGAGCAACUCUGGGGGGAAUACCGAGUCUGAAUUCAGGCUUGUCACUCUGCAUGCCGUAUAAUUUGUGACUGAUUGAUCAUAAAACCUGUGGCUAUUUGUAGUAAGUCAUGCCCAUAAAUACUCCAUCUACAUUUUGAUUAAGGAUCUUUGAGAAGUAAUGAGCAGUAUGUUUGAGGGUAGCACAGUGUGUAUGAGACGAUGUCUAGCUUUCUGUGAAAUGCUGCAUUUAUAUCAGUGUGGCUCUGUCAAUCACAUGCAAAUGUAUGUUUCUUCCAUUGUACAAACAGAACGUAUCACUGGGUUCAGAUGAGGUAAUAGAUGUGAAAUCCAAAAGGAAUCUAAAUGAGGUUGGAUUUCUUUCUCAAGAGAAACUGAGGCUGCCCUGUAGUUCCAAAGCCAUCAGCUAUGCAAGUUGAUUGACCCUGUUUGCUUAUAACCAAGCUGACUUGAAAGGAAGCUAAUGAAUAUUAAACAGUGUUCUCUGGCUAAAAUGUGUUAACUUACAAAGAGCACACGUGGCUUAGAGUGGCUUUAUUCUUUUUAAAAAAGCUUUGUAAAUGCGUGACAUUCAAAGGUGGGGAAUGAUGCAACUUCCAGCAUGAUUAGCUGGGAGGUGUUCAAAGAGAACGUGCCUCUGCUGCUCUGUGGUGCACUGCAGUUGAACUGAUCCUUGUAAAAAAACAAAAACAUAAUAAUUAAAUGAAAGCAAAAAGAAAAACCAUCUUAAUAUGACAGUCUUCAGCCAGCACUACUUCUCACCUGUUUUUAUCUAUCUUAUUAAUGGGCUUUGGUGCUCAUCAUGUCAUCCAGAGCCUGGAAUAGUCAUUGCUAUUGUUACAUACCUCUGGUCAGCACGAGCUGUUGAAGGCAGCAUCAGAUCUAGAAACUGGAGGAGCCCUCGCUCACCCCAUCAGUCUUUGUGGAGGUUUAACCCAUCGUAAAACUGUGAUGGGUAGAAAAUGAAAAAUGAUGAAUGCAGCCAAUGUUUUAAUAGCACCCGUCUCCUUCACUGGAGUGUUAAAUUGUUUCUUUAUUGUGUGUGUGUGAUGAAUUAAAGCAUAAAUAUUACUUCAGCUCAUUAGUGGAGAGAACCUGGGGCACUUCUUGUGCUGGUCCUGCGGUGGUACCUCUCAAUCUGAGCUGGAAUGGACUGAGGCGUACAUCACCUCGACCCAGCCAAGAUUCCUUAUCCCUUUGGAGUCUGGGUUGGAAGUUCAGUGUUUCUGUCAUACUGGGGGAUCCAGUUUGUUCACGUUUGGGAACACGAGGGCUGUGUCCUGCUCUGCAGCCCUGUCCCAAAGGUGGAAUUUUGACAUCUUUGCCGCUCCCAUCUUGCUGAUGUGACACCACCUCUUCUCCCUGCCCCACACCUGGGACCUCCCCGGAUCAUUUUACCGGGGGAAGAUUUUCUUGCGUUGCUGCCAUCAUCUAUUGUGGUACCAGUAGUCUGUGGGUUCCUGCAGGAGGUGAUAAUUAGCUAGCUUGGCUUAGUGGCUGUGUUUUAGAAUGAAGAACAUUCAUUCAUUGGUACAGGUGGUUUGGAUGUUCAGUUCUUAGACUGCCUUACUUUGUGCUUGCCUGAAUCUCACAUAUGUACUUCUGAAAGAAAUGGUGCGCGGGCAAGAUGGAACGAGUAUUUUUAUGUAAACCAUUCAAAUGAUUAUAAUUUAAGUGCAUCUCUGUCUGAAUUUCUUAUUAAAUGUGAUCUGAAGGAUCCAGACUUGCAGCUAGUGGGCAAAGUCAGAGGCUGAGGAAGUUUAAAACAACAGAAGAAAUAAUACUUCUGUGUAAUAUUGAGCUUUAAAUACUUUUUAAUCUCAAUCUUCUGUUGUUUUUUUUUUUUUAACAUGAAAAGGUUAAAGUGCACUAAAGUACAGGUCAUCUGAGAACAGUCAUAUGUAACUUAGGAAGUGAACUGAAACUUUGCAUACACAAAGAAAAAUACUGUCUUAAUUUGGGUCCACGAGAGUGAGAAAAUAAUCCACAUCCAGGGUGCAAAAUCUGGGCAGAGAAUUGCCUUUCAGGUAACCGCAUGGUUUUCAUUUGGUAAAUAAAAGUAAUCAUCCACAAGUGACCAUAAGCUUUAGCAUGGUCGUCUUGGAGGAAUGAAGGAAUUCGUGUUUCUCCAGGUGAGUUUGGACUUUGCAGCAUACCAGAAUAGUCCUUAAUACUUCAACACAAAACCAACUGGUUCCGUACUGCUGACAGGACUGUACUGAUUCCUUGAGGGGAUCUGAGUUUUCAUCCCAUUGUACUAAUCUUGCCUUGAAACAGCAGAAGCAGUUUAAACAGUCUGUCUGGUUGUGGAAUAAUCCAGUUGGAAAAUUGAAUUGUGUCAUUUGUAAUUGUUUUCCAGGCUUGCUCAUGCAAAACCGUACCGGUGGCAAAUUAAAUGCUUAAAGUAUGACCACCCUGCUUAUAACUGACUGUUAAACAUUUAUUUUAAUGAAUGCUAUCACUUAACUCCGAAUGAAAUGUCUGCUUUGAGGCUUUAAAAGAAUUAAAGCAACUCGUUAGGGAUGUUUUGGUGCCUUUGUCAUGCAAGUGUACAUGUGUACCAGCAGAUCCUGUGUCAUGAAUGGAGCUGGGAUGGGAUGACUGUGCUGUAUUUACCAGUGAAUAUCCCCUGGUGGGACUGCGAUGUUCCGCCUACAGCCCUCUGCUGGGUGAGUUUCCAGGCAGCUGAGAUGGAAGCAUAAAAUCCUUAAUUAAGAUUGAAACCAAGGAUAGAUCCAAACCACUGAGUGUGGCAGUUGUGUAGGCAAUAAAUAUGAUCCCUCGUGUUCUGUUCUGAAAGGCUCUCCGUAUUUGAGAAUUAUGUCCUAAUUCAAAGGGCUGUUUGAAUUCACAGGGCUGCUAGGGCCAUUUUCAGUCAACUGUGCAUUUGGCAUGUUAGAGGAGGGGAUAGAAGAGAGGGAAAAUGUUUUCCAGAGUGUUUCUGGCCAUGGCGAAGCUCUGUCUGCUUGUGCUGUCAGUCAGGCAGAGAACGUUUAAUCCCUCAUCCUGAUUCAGGAUUCCUACAGUACACCUCUGCAAGUUAUUUUGGUCUUUAAUCAAAUGUACUCCAGUUGGUGUGACUGUUGUCACCUUUGAUGUAAGGGAGCCCUGAAAGCAAGAGGGAGGAAAGGAGUGUGCCAGGGAAGGGCUGUAACCCUCAAUUGAAUAACAUUCCUCCUCUUUUGCUGUUAAAUACUGCUGUGGGCCUGAGAUUUAUGGCUCAUCUGACUUCUUAGAAUUAGGUUUAUAGAUGUACACUAAUUUUGGACAAAAAAACCCACCAACACUAAAAAACGAAUUAAACUAUGACAACACUUUUGCAAGUCUAGCAGGAGGAGAAUAGCAGGCUGGAAUGCUGGCAGGUGCUUGGUGUCUGCUCCUGACUCCUUUCCAAAGCCCGGGGAGGGGAAAUUAGCUGUCUGCCACUUCUUAGUGUGAAUUUGGUGCAUAUGUGCCAGACAAUUUGAACCAUCUGUUGCAUAAGUGAGAGCAACAGGGAGGCUCUUCAGACCACUGGGGUAAUGAGGGUGCUCUGUAGCACCUUGCAGGGCGAUGCAGCAGGUCAGGCACCAGGCGGUCUUUGACGAGCGCUCCCUUGGGAGCACAGGUGUUCUGUGGAGGCUCUGCAGCAGGGUCUGCUCCUUGGCCAGUGCUGGGCUUUGCAGGAAGGGGCUGUGCCAUAUCACAGCUCUUCUGAAAGGUGAGGGCAGCUCCAGCAGUGCAGCCCCAAUAGGAAGAGAGCUGCUGUGCUUUUGCCAGCUGUAAAAAUCAGGUGCUACAGGGUUGUGUUUGGGACCUGAAGCAUGUGUGAGCUGAAAGAUUGAAUUUGGGGAUCUUCUGUAUUCUAUGGCUGCAACCACAGGCUUCAGAUGUAUUCCCAGUAUGCCAGGUUUACUCCAUCAGUUCUCCCUGUAUCCUGUACUGCGGAGUCUUGGUAUGAAAGCAGCCUAGAUGAGAUUGGGCAGGGUCAGAGGUCAGCCUUGGGGCUGCCUGUCCUGCACACCUGAGGGAGAUGUUUUGGUCUCAGCCAGUGCAGUUCUAUAGAAACAAAUGUCUCCAAGAGGUCUUCAGGUGCACAGGAAGAUUUUCAGUCUGUGCUACAAAGUACCAUUACAUACCAUUAUAAGCUCCAACAGUCAGCACAGCACCAAAUAACCCCAGAGCUGCCAGUUACUGUAGCUAGCAUUUCUCCAAACACAGACAGCCAUGUUCCCAGCUCAUGGCUAAAACAUGAGUCACAAAUGAUUUGACAAUCAGUUUAAUUAAUGAAACAAUGCUAUUGAUUUCAGUACAUCCUCAAGAUAACACUCAAGGGAUGCAUCGCAUGCAGUGUUAUUUGACCAGGCUGUGGAGCAGGGCUCUCAGAAGGAAUGUAUUCGUAGUAUGUGGCAGCUAUGCUUUUCAGUACAGCCAUCCAGCAUUAACAGAGUACACAAGGUGAUUCCUGGAAGCACCUGCCUGCAGUGUGCACAUUUGGGUUGCUCUCCUUUGCCUCCUCCCUGAUCCCAGCACAAAGCACUUGGAGGUGGGGACAAAGUGGUGGGGAAAGGCUUUAAGUUAGAGUCUUGUAACAGCAUUAAAUAACACCUCAUUUGAAUAAACUGCUGGCUGGUGUCCUAGAAAGGAAGCCUUAGACCAGAGAGGAUCCACAGGUGUGUGAUAUUUGGCAGGAGGAGAUCUCAAUCCCAGUGGCUGGACUCAGAGAUGAUGCAGGCCUAGAGCUGCAGUGUGGAUGUGGCACUGAGACAUAAGCAAGAGUGCAGAAGGCUUUGGGUUGGCAGGGGUGAGCUGGGGUUGGAGUCUAGGUAAAGGAAGGUGUGAUCAGAAUUUGCUCCUUUAAUGUACAAACACAGCAAAUGCUUUAAUCUCAUCCUUCUCAUCUUUCCAGCAGUGCUUUGAACAUCCGUUCCGUCUGGCCCGGAGGCGCAUGACUCAGUCUGAACACAAGUCAUUAGUGGUACUGCUGGUUGGUUGGUUGGUUUGUUUGUUCCCUUUCAAGAGCCAGCAGCCUCCCGUGCUGCCCAGUGCUGCGUUCCCUGGCAGGGCUGCCCUGCAGACCAGCAGGCCCUGCAUGCCCUGGGAGCUGGCAGGGAGCUGGGGCAGUGGCUGGCCGGUCCUGAGCCCCCAGCUGCCACUGGAUGCCACGGCAGCGAGGAGAGGCAGUUUUCCGUAUAAAGCUUCCCUGAUCACACUGAUGAGCAUCUUGGGAUUCAUUACACUAGAGACCAAUCAGUGUGCUACCCAGCAGCAGGACUGUUAGACACCAGAUUUUAGGAAAUGAGCUUUCAAUUAGAACAAAUCCUGGAUAACUAAAUGAUUCGUUACCAAAAUAUAUGGCCCAAUUCUGCUUCUGCUGGCUUCUGUACUCACAGGUACUUCUCGUUCACUGGUGCCAAUUUCAUUAGCACAUCCACUUGCAGAAAAUGUGCUUGCUGUAAAUGUCAGGGUAGUUACUGCCCUGAACAAAAAGUUUAACUUUAGUUUCUUUCCUUAUUGCAUUUGAAUACUUCCUGGCAAAGGAGAGCUGAACCUGGCAGCUGGCAACUCGAGCUUGACCUGUCAUGUACUGAGUACAGUGGGAAUGAGCCAUGACAGAUUUGUCAUAUUUAACAAUGAGUUUGUCACUGUCUUGUUAGCAGUGGGGGAUGUACUUCCAUCACAGGAUUUCCUGGAAGAGAGAAAAAUCCUCAUGCAAAAUUAAGCACAAUCAGGAAGUCUCGGUUUUGACAUUUCUCAAAAUCUUGAGCCCAGAGGCUAUAAAAACCUGACUCCUCGAUUUGGCAGCUGUGCAGAAGGCUUAAUGUGAUCCCUACGGAUGUUUCUUUCAUUUUGUUAUUUCUGUUGCUAGCAGCUACAGAGUGAAUUUCCAGACCUUACGUGUGUUGCUUAUCUGGGGGAUAGGUUGUCCACUGGCUGCUGUCCCUUCCAGUCAUAGAUCUCCAGCCUGGAAGUGUGAGUUUGACUGCACAUAUUCCCUUGCUAAAAGAGAAUAGGCAAUCAACUGGUGAGGUGAUUUAGGGUUAAAGGCUGGAGGGAUGCAGUAGGUGUGCUGGGGAACCCACGGAGCUGUGGAGGAUCAACUCCUUUCUGGACCCCACCAUGAGAAGUCGUGGCAGUUCCCCAAUCAUUCGGAUAAGAUGGAUUGCUGCAUUUCUUCCUUUACAAGUGCAACCAUAAGAGAGCAUUUCACAGUGCUAAUGAGACCGAAGUAAUUACGCACUUUGGUUGCAGAGUACGGCUUUGGGAAUGUUUUUAUUAAACUCCUUUCUGUCUCUGCAGUCCUUACCAUGUAAAAGAAUCAGUGAAGCUAUUUCAGUGAAGAUAUUUCAGUAGAGCUUCCUGAUGCCAUGUCUGGGCAUCAGUCUUUAUACUAAAAAGAAUUUAAAUAGUGAAAAGUUUCUCUUCAGUCAAAUUUUUGAACAUUAUUUAAAAGGGUGAGCAUGAAAAGUGGAUGCUGGAGCCACAUGAAGGAACCAUAGCGUGCAUUUCCUAAAGCUGUGUGUGAGGUAACGGAUACGUGUUCAUUUUUGUUGGAUGGAAAGAGAUUCCAAUCAGUUUUUGGCAACCAAGCAACAGAAACCUGUGAGUACAAGUCUGAGAAUUCAUUCUGUGAGUUUCUGAAGCAGACAAGCCUUCCAACUACUAAAACUGUGAUCUUUUAAAAAAUUAUUUCGUUUUAAUCUUUUAUCGCUAUUUUCUCUGUGGGCCAUUAUAACAGAUCACCAACUUCCCAUAAGUGCAGCUUCAGACACUGACUUCACACCAUUUUCAGUUUAGUCCUUACGAUGGAAGCCGUGCUGGAAUUGGACUUGCUCCACCAAAUGGGAGAAUCUUUCAGCUUUUUCUCUUCACCUCCUUUUGUUUCUACUGCAACAGGUUGGUCUCUAAAUGUCCUGCAUGUAAGUAUUUCUCCAACCAGAGGGAGCUUCGAUUCUACCUGCAUCUUGUUUAGGUCAGUUUGCACUGAAGCUUAUGUGGCUGGGAGGGAACUGGAGAAUGUCUCCUUCACCACCCAGGCUCUCCAAGUAGGUUGCAUAAGAUGAUUCAUGUCAAGGCUGCGUUUCCUCGAGGGCAAUCAAAUAUUCUCUUUGUCUGUCCUUUGCAGCUCAAUAUCAUUCUUUUUUCAGCUUCCCUGGUCAAUAGUGGAUAUAUAUCUUUUAAGGUCUUAAUUACAUCUCCAAAUUGUUGGGUUUUUGGUGUUGUUUUUCUUUUUUUCCAGGUCACAGAGCUCAAUAAUGUGAAGAAUAUAUCACGAAUGCCAAAGAGCACAAAGAAGCAUGCUGUUGGGAUUUAUUUUAAUGAUGACACCUCUAAAACUUUUGCUUGUGAGUCAGAUUUUCUGGGCAUUUAUACAGAACUUGAGGCAGAUGAGUGGUGCAAGGUAUUGCAGAUGGAGUGUCUUGGGACACGAAUUAAUGACAUUAGCCUUGGAGAGCCUGACUUGUUGGCAUCGGGAGUGGAGAGGGAGCAGAAUGAGAGAUUCAAUGUGUAUUUGAUGCCAUCCCCUAACUUAGAUGUGCAUGGGGAAUGUACCUUGCAGAUAACAUUUGAGAAUAUCUGUCUUUGGGACAUCCAGAAUCCCAGAGUCAAACUCAUCUCUUGGCCAUUAAGUGCCCUCCGACGCUACGGGCGGGACCCUUCUUGGUUCACCUUUGAAGCAGGGAGGAUGUGCGACACAGGAGAAGGACUGUUCAUCUUUCAGACACGAGAUGGGGAAGCAAUCUAUCAGAAGGUUCACUCGGCUGCUCUGGCCAUAGCAGAACAACACGAGCGCCUGUUGCAGAGCGUGAAAAAUUCAAUGCUGCUUGAGUUAGACCUCCCCGCAGGGGCAGCGGUGCUGGCACAGGAGCAGGGCAGCACGAAGCUUCAGAUGAAGAUGAGCGAGAGAGCAGUGUCCCUCAGCACCAUGGUGCCCCUGCCCCGCAGUGCCUACUGGCAGCACAUCACACGGCAGCACAGCACCGGCCAGCUCUAUGGCCUGCAAGCAGAUGUUUCAAGCCCUGUGAAGCUCCAUCGGACAGACACGUUUCCAGUCUACAGAUCAGACCAUCGAUAAAGGGCUGCCAAGAACUUUACAAACUCUUUGUCUUCUGACGAGCUGCCCCGGUGUAUGACACGGAUGAUGCAAAGCAAGGAUAGAAACACUGAGAAGUGUAGGCUGGAUGGGAAGUUAUUGCAGUACAAAGGUGGUGUGUCGUCUUUUGUUUGGUUUUUCUUUCAAACUUUGCCAAAAGUUAAAAUGAUUCUUUAGAGAUUGGGGGUGGGAACAAAACCAUCACAGCCUGCGCUGGGUCUUUUCUAUCCUACAGCUGGACAGACAAGUCACUCCCUAAAUAUUCCCAAAUGUUUUUGUAUGAUACCUAUGUUGUAAAUAGAAGACUUUCCUGUUGUGGUGCGGUUUCAUCCUGUCCAUUACAGCUGUCAUCCCUGUUUGUAAUGCUUAUCUUCAGUUCUUAACACGACUGUUCAGCAUAACCCCGACCUAUGGAAUAGUGGCCAGUUUUAAGCAGCUAUUGGAUUCAAUCUUUUCCCGUUUGAAACCCGAUGGAGACUUGGUUUGUUUCUUUUAAAAGCGCACUCUCUGUCUUCUGUUUCCUGUAUUUAUUUCCAUCCCUGUAAACGUUUGAAAUAAAAACAAUUCCCAGUUAA